AUGUUAAAGUCAUCCUCUGCAUCUGCCGGCGGUCGUGGAGUAGGAUCGUGGUUUCAGGAGCACAAGACCUCCAUCAACGCCUGGACGGGUUUCGCGUUGACGGUCUUCAUUGUGUUCAUAUUCAUUUCGGACCGCGACUUUUCCUUUCUGUUAACGUUGUCUUCGCUCGUGAGCACGUUCUGCUUCUUCAUGGUCGCCCAGAAGAUCGAGAAGCAAGGAAAUGUCAAAGGCGUUAGCAUAAAGAUGUUCGAGUGCUACCUCAUCCUGCUUACAUGUCGGCUCUUCUCCAUCAUUCCUUUUGAAGGCUACCUACCCUAUGACCGCACAGGCGACUGGCUCUACCAACUGACCGAAGCCUUAUCCCUGUGUCUUUGCGGCACGAUCGUUUACAUGGGUCGCAAGCGAUACAACGCCACCUACGACGCCAACCAAGAUGCCUUCAAACACAUCUCUUGGACGUUUGCUUUGUAUUUGGAAGCGGUCGCUUCUCUCCCUCAGUUGUACUACUUCCAAAAAGAUGUAAGCCCCAUUGGAAAGCAUCCAUUAUUCUUUCAGAAACGCGUGGAGCCCUUUACGUCCCAUUUCUUGGCCGGCCAGUGCCUUGCGAAAAUUCUCUCCUUUAUAUUCUGGGUCGCCACGUACUCCGAGCUGAACGACCCUAGCAGGAAAUUGAAGUCUUUCGCCGGCAUCUGGGUGAUUAUCGGCCAGGUCAUUCAGCUAAUAUUAAUGGGAGAUUUCAUGUACCUCUAUCUCAAAUGGUAA